GCAGAGCGAGCGGGAAGUUGAACCACUAGUUAGUUGUACGGGCAGAAAAAUAUUCUGGGAAAAUCAUAACAAACGACGAACUGAGCAAAGACGUCUAACUUUUCUUAUGAUAUUUCUGACAGUCAUAUCUUGAAAAACAAACUACUUCGCCCGUUUACUAUUUAUUACAGGCACCUGGCAAGCUAACAUCUGGAUAACGCCUCUCUGGUUUCGGCUAAGGUAAGGAUGGGGGACAGGACCCUCCUGCGGGAACUGAAGCGGUGGGCGACUGAAGAAUUUAAUCUACCACCCCAAAGUCUCCCAAACGACAACUACUUUAAAACGUUAUGUGUUGGCCCAGGUGCCUCCAUAUGGAGAUAUGUCACACAACAUAUUUUCAAUCAGAGGAAUGUCAGGGUUAUGCGUGGAAAUCUCCAGUGGUACAAAGUUCUACAAGAUAAGGAGUUAAAAAAGGUAGCGGGGCAGAGUGAUGCUGCUAAGCAGCUUGAUCUUCAGGAGCAGAUAGAGGAGCUGAGAGCAGAACUUAACCACCUGGACUCUCAAAUCAAUGGGACUGAAGCACAGCUAGCUACUGAAGAAGAGUCCAUUAACCGGAGCUGGGGAAUGGUGGAGGAGAACCAACGCAGGGAGCUGAUUUUACAGGCUUUUAAGCAGCGCUGCAUGAAGGCGCGCCACUCUCUCUCAGAGGAUACCCGCAAGAUCAGUGGGCACUCCCAGGCUCUGGAGCAGCUGUCUAGGAAGGCAGAGGUGGAGGUGGUGUUUGGAAAUGAAACCUCCAAUAGCAGUGGGGACUAUCUCAACCCAACAGGAGCAGAGCCUCAGGUUCUGCGUAACGUGAGAGAGCUGUGUGAUGAAAGACUCCUCUUCUUCCAGUCUUUACAAGAGAGUGAGCUGAAAAUUGAGUCGUCCACUGCCACACACUUGACUCGUGAACAGAGAACUGCAGUAUUUCAGCAUUGGUUAAGUGCUGUAGAGGACUUGUUGCGAUGCUAUCCUCCAAACCAAGUGCUGUCAGCCUUGCAGUACCUGGCCUUGGGACAAGAAAUUACAUUGGAGGAGAAGCUUGCCUCAUUGGAUGUGGCUCGUGAUGUUGCUGCAUUACGGUUUCACUACGAAAGUAAUCACCUACUGGACAUCUGGAAAGAAGAGGAAGAGCUACCACCCGUUAAGAGUCUUUUACAGUCAGCCUGGCAGGAGGUGGAACAGAGUCUGAUGGAACUGGCUCAGACGCGUUCACAAAUUCAACAGCUCAAGACCCAGCUUCAUGCCCGAAAGAAAGAGGCAGAGUUGGAGCUGCUUUGCGUGGAAUCUCAAACCCAAACUCUGGCACGGUCAGUGUUUGAGCUGGAGAUGCAGUGUGUGAUGCAGACAGCCGUGCGAGAUGGUGUGCAGGACCAGUGUGUUCAAAUGGAGCAACAUGCCAGGGACAGACAGGAGGCCCUGCGCAACCUGCGGAGCCAAUGGCAGAGCAUCAUGGACUUCAGACAGCUUGUGGACGUCAGGCAGGAACAGACAAGAGGUCUGAUCAAGGGGAACUCGACAGCUAAGACUGAACUGACUCGCGUGCACAAGAAGAUUGGACAGUUUGUCCAGGGAAAACUGACUCCCCAGUUGUUUGAAGUUCUUUCAGCAGCCAAUGGGCUUCGCAACUCUGUGUCCCAGGAGGCCAAACAGUUUGGAAAUGUGUCACUAGUAACACUUGAUCGCAGGAUCAUUGAAGGCGAGCAGAGAAUUCCAGCUGCGUGGUUGUCUAUCCAUCGCUUGCAUUCCUCGCCCUUCCGCAAUCUGUGUCAAAGCCUGGCUUUCCCAAUGUACAGGGCCCCUGAGGAACUGUACUCGCAAGCUUUAUCCCAGCAUUUGGAGCUUCGCUUUCUGCGUCGUUUGCUGCAAUUGCACUCCUCCUCUUUAGCAAAUGUAGAGAAGCAAGGAGCGCUGCUACCUGCACCUGACCAACAAGCCCUCCUGCUAUGUGUCCGGGAGGAAGACAAGAAGCUGCUUCAGUCUUUGUUACCCAGGGUUCGGGAGCUCAACCAGUACUGCUCACAGGGCCUUUCUUAUGGGAAUCAGGUUAAGACUGCCAUUUCCUAUUGGUGGGAUCAGCCUGCUCAGUUUGCUCUGCCUGACAUAUGCAAGGGGGGACUUACUUUUCAGCAGUGGCUACAGAGGUGGAAAUUUGCAGCCAAGGCUUCUUAAUGAGAUUCAUGGAAAAUAAAGACAAGUGCAUUGAUCUGAACCAAGGUCCAUUUUAGAUGGACAACAAUGCUCUUCUAAAACUACAAUUUACAAUAUUGUUUUGCAUCUCUUUUUGCAAAACAUGCUUUCAAUGUACACUGCAUUGUGUAUAAAAUCGAGCACACAGCCAUGCAAUCUCCAUAGACAAACACUGGCAGUAGAAUGGCCUUACUGAAGAGC